GCCAGCUCCUGCAAGAAAGUAAGGUUGACUGCGCCAUGCGUUGGAGAGCGCGCGUAACACGGACCGCCUGGGCCUGAAGAAAAGGUCCAGAGAGCGAGAGCGCUCGUUUAUCAGCCAAUUACCUAGAGAGCAUGCGCCGUGGUGGUGGUGGUGGCGGUGGCAGCCGCCGAGGAUGGAGAGCGUUCGGAUCCGAGAGAUGGGGAGGAGGGAAGUGAGGGGAGGAGGCUGGGCAGGUCGCCUAUGUGAGGGAAAGUAAGCAGUUUGCAUUUGCUCAGUGCCUGCCUCAACGGAGCUGAGAGCUCGCCGCGCGAAGCUGCCUGUUCCCCGUCCCCUGCGAACUGCUUCGCCGGUGGCAUUUCGUUGCGAGAGGGGGAAAAAAAAAAAAAAAAAGGAGGAGGGGUUUUUUGCUGAGCUGCCGGUUCGCUUUUCUGGAAUAAGCGGGAAGGAGCUGUGGGAGGGGGGAGUCCUCAGAGCGCCUGUUUGCUUGCCUCCAAGACCCGAGCAGAUUGCCAGCCCGAGCAGGAGCCAGCGCGUCUCGGCAGCCAAGCGCCACCGCCGCCGCCACCGCUACCGGGCGGGAGAGGGGAGUGGGGUGGGGGGGAGAAAAUUGGUGCCGCCACUGAAUUUUUAAUGGAAAAAUGGCGAUCUCGGCUCAGACCUGCGGCACAUCUUGCCUCGUCCGGGCUCUCUACGGCCAAAUCCUGCUAGGCUUCCUCGUCUCGGCUCCCUCCGCGAAUGGCUACAGCUUUCCCCAGCAGUACACGAUGCAGAAUUGGGCUCAAAGGUUAGAGCGUGAGAUUGAUGGAGUGAUGAAGAUAUUUGGUGAUGUUAAGCAGCUCAGACAAAUCUAUGAUGAGAAGAAGAAUUUAUUUGAAGUAAGAGACAACAUCCCUGAAAAACUUGUGGAGAAAGUGGCAGGGGACAUUGAGAGUCUCCUGGCCAAGAAAGUCCAAGCUUUAAAGAGACUAGCUGAUGCGGCAGAGAAGUUUCAGAAGGCCCAUCGAUGGCAAGACAACAUUAAGGAGGAAGAUAUUGAAUACUAUGACUCCAAGGCUGAUACAGAAUAUGAUGACCCAGAAGGGGAAGAGAUUGAAAAAGAGAAAUUCAAUUCUUUGAAACUGGAAUUCACAGACGAUGAUAACUUCAAAACCAAAGUUAAUUACUCAUAUGCAGCUGUACAGAUUCCUACAGACAUCUACAAAGGCUCCACUGUAAUCCUCAAUGAACUGAAUUGGACAGAAGCCUUAGAGGAUGUGUUUGUGGAAAACCGAAAAGAAGACCCAUCUCUGCUGUGGCAGGUCUUUGGCAGUGCUACAGGGGUAACCCGCUUCUAUCCAGCCUCCCCAUGGAGAGCCCCCAAUAAGAUUGACCUGUAUGAUGUCCGAAGAAGGCCUUGGUACAUUCAAGGGGCCUCUUCUCCAAAAGAUAUGGUGAUCAUCGUGGAUGUGAGUGGCAGCGUCAGUGGCCUGACACUGAAGCUGAUGAAGACCUCAGUCUAUGAUAUGUUGGACACCCUCUCAGAUGAUGACUACGUUAAUGUUGCUUCUUUUAACCAAAAGGCGCAGCCUGUGUCCUGCUUCAAACAUUUAGUCCAAGCUAAUAUCCGCAACAAGAAGGUCUUCAAAGAGGACGUAGAAGGAAUGGAGGCCCAAGGAACCACUGAUUAUAAGGCUGGCUUUGAAUAUGCCUUUGAGCAAUUGCAAAAUUCCAACAUCACAAGAGCCAAUUGCAAUAAGAUGAUCAUGAUGUUUACUGAUGGAGGAGAAGACCGAGUGCAAGAUGUUUUUGAGAAGUAUAAUGGACCCAACAAGACGGUACGAGUAUUCACCUUUUCUGUUGGGCAGCAUAACUAUGAUGUCACUCCCCUGCAGUGGAUGGCUUGUGCUAACAAAGGUUAUUAUUUUGAAAUUCCUUCCAUUGGCGCUAUCCGAAUCAACACUCAGGAAUAUCUCAAUGUCCUAGGAAGGCCUAUGGUCUUGGCCGGAAACAAAGCAAAGCAAGUUCAAUGGACCAAUGUCUAUCAGGACGCUUUAGGCCUGGGUUUAGUGGUAACGGGCACUCUGCCUGUAUUUAACCUCACUGAUGAUGGUCAGUCUCGCGGAAGCGGUGAAUGGAAGAACCAGCUCAUUCUGGGUGUUGUGGGGAUUGAUGUGGCUCUAAAUGAUAUCAAGAAGCUGACACCACGAUACAAUUUGGGGGCUAAUGGCUAUGUAUUUGCUAUUGACUUGAAUGGAUAUGUAUUGCUACAUCCAAACCUGCGACCUCUGAUCAUCAAUUUUCAAGAAGCUGUAACCCUGGAUUUCCUUGAUGCUGAACUAGAGGAUGAGAACAAAGAAAGGAUUCGCCGAAGCAUGAUAGAUGGAAAUAAAGAUCAACAAUAUAUUAAGACUCUGAUAAAAUCCCUUGAUGAGAGGUAUGUUGAUAAAGUUCAUAGAACCUACACUUGGGCACCUAUCAAAAGCACAAACUACAGCUUAGGUCUGGUUUUACCGAAUUACAGCAGAUCUUACAUCCAAGCUAAUCUAAGUGACCAGAUUCUCCAGGUGAAGUUACCAAGCAAAUUGAAGGAUUUUGAAUACCUGCUGCCAAACAGCUUUGAGUCCGAGGGACAUGUAUUCAUUGCUCCAAGAGAAUAUUGCAAAGACCUCAACCUGUCGGAUAACAACACUGAAUUCCUGGAAAACUUUAUUGCCCUCAUGGAAAAGGUGACGCCUGACUCCAAACAAUGUGACAACUUCCUUCUUCACAACCUUAUCCUGGACACUGGAAUUACACAACAGCUGGUGGAAACAGUAUGGAAGAAUCAAGAUUUAAGCACAUAUAGUCUCCUAGCUGUGUUUGUUGCCACAGAUGGUGGCAUCACCCGUGUUUUCCCUAACAAAGCUGCUGAAGAUUGGGAAGAAGACCGAGAGCCCUUCAAUGCCAGCUUUUAUCGAAGGAGCCUAGAUAAUAAAGGCUACAUCUUUAAGCCUCCUUACCAAGAUCCCAACUACAGAGGAUCAGAGCCAGAAAGCAGUGCUGUUGGGAUCCUAGUUAGCACAGCUGUAGAACUCAAUAUAGCAGAGAGGCAUCUGAAGCCAGCAGUGGUUGGAGUAAAACUUGAUUUGGAGGCCUGGACACAAAAAUUUAAAGUCCUUGCUAGCAAUCAAACAGAUCAGCAGAAAACACGAAGAUGUGACCUCUCCACAAGCUGUGAGAUGGACUGUGAUACUAAUGACAAGGAUCUGCUUUGCGUGCUUAUUGAUGAUGGUGGAUUUCUGGUGAUCUCCAACCAAGAAGACUACAAAUAUCAGGUCGGAAAAUUCUUCAGUGAAGUGGAUGCCCAUUUGAUGUCUGCUCUCUACAACAAUUCAUUCUUCACACAGAAAGAAUCCUAUGACUUUCAAUCUGUCUGCGCUCCAGAAGCUCCAAGCAAUACAGGAAGUGCACCACGUGGGGUCUAUGUGCCAACCAUGGCAGAUUUCUUGAACCUGGCUUGGUGGAGCUCAGCAGCUGCAUGGUCUCUAUUUCAGCAGUUCUUAUAUGGAUUAGCCUAUAACAGCUGGUUUCAAACAGAGGAUGUUUCAGCAGACAACAUGGAAUCCAAGGAGACCAGCUGCAUCAUGAAGCAAACCCAAUACUAUUUUAGUUCGGUUAACUAUACCUACAACACCAUCAUUGACUGUGGAAAUUGCUCUAGGCUGUUCCAUGCACAAAGGCUUGCUGGGUCUAAUCUUCUGUUUGUUGUAGCAGAAAAGCCAAUAUGCAAUCAGUGUGAAUCCACAAAACUUCUCCAAGCAGAGAUAAAAGCUCCACCAGGAGAUCGCAAUCAAUGUGAGCUAGUAGAGAAGCCACGUUACCGAAAGGGUCCCCACAUCUGUUUUGAUUAUAAUAUAACUGAAGACACCUCGGAUUGUGGCAGAGGGGCCUCCUUUAGACCUUCCUUGAAUAUCUUGUUAUGCUUGCAGUUACUUCUUCUCUAUUUGACUGCAAGUCACCAUUCGCUGCCCUUGGCAUUUUGCCUUUGAAACGCCCAUUUAGCUUAAUCCAUCCUUUUUAUUUUAUGCACAUCAUCAUCCCCUCCAGACUUGCUAGAGGAUGACUUCUGCCUAGUCCCAUCAAUUCUGGCUGCACCUUGGCAUUCACUCAUGAGGAUUGUUGCUUUCUUUACUCAGAAAUCCAGAAGUUGUUCUUGGUUUUUUUUAUCCUUUUCCUCCAUCAAUCCUUGCCUUUCCAGUGUCUCUGCACAGCAGGUUGUGCUAAAGAGAGCUUUGAGAUGACAAAGGGAAGCAUGGACCACCGUGAUCUUCUCCACACAGGGAACAUUCUUGAGCUUUGAUUCAUUAUUCCCCUUUCCACUCACUGAGCUGUUGGCCAAAUACAAAGAACAUGGCCCCAUGAUUUUAUUUUUCCAUUGAAUCUGUGGAAUUCUGGGAGACCUUUGUUAGUUUUCUUGUGAAGGACUUUUAUUAUGGUUUUAAAAGUAUUUAAUCAACAAUACUGAUGAUACUAUUUUGUCUGAAAUAAUGUACCUUCCCAUUCCAAUAAUGAAAACUGCAGAAACAACACCGAUCACUAUAACCGAAAAAAUGGAGUAGUCUUGCCAAAUUGAUUCUGUAACCUAGCAAACCUUUCAACCAAUUCCAGUAGCUUUUCAGACUCAAAGUAAUCUUACAAGAUCACCCCAAUAUCAUUCCACCCAAUUCACUAUGAGUUUUCCAAGGCCACCGUUAUCUCUGCCUUUCAAUAGGUGGAUCCCAUCUCCAAUCAAUGGUGAAUUAUUUUCAUCCUAAACAGUUUAAUCCAGAUCUUUCAACAUCUGAUUUCAAAGCAAUUACCCUGAGAGAUUACAGUAUUUAUUAUCAGCAAGAAAGAAACAUACACAAACGCAGAGGAUAUCACUUGAAUGUUAAGGUCAGUAUUAUUCAUUUUAACUGCUUAUUCUGUAAAGAUGACUUGAAAACCAAGCAGGGCAGAAAGAAGAGAGUGUGAAGAUCCUUUUGGAUACCAUUCCAGUAAUCCAUGUAUGGUUGGAGGAUGCAGCAACUGAGACAAUCUUUAAAAAAUGAAUAGCAAGAUAGAAUGCAAUUAUGGUUUAAAUCCAGCAGCCCCCGUUGAUUAUUUUCCUGCUUCCCCAUUUCUCAUUUGAACCAAUUGAAAAAAACAAUAUGAGCUAUUUUAAGAGCUGUUCUACUCCCCAAAUCACGAUGAAGUCUUCAGUUGGUAGCUCUGCAGUAUCCAAUCUUUAAGAUAAGCCAAUUAUUGAGAUGGCUUAGACAAAGAUGAAGUCUUUUUUCUUCAGUUUCUUUUCUUCUAAACUUUAAAGAAUAUUGUCCACCCUAGUGGAGGCAGCACUGUGUGCCAAACCAACUCAUGAAGAUGAUAGCCAAAGUUUUUCUUCAUAGACUUUGUGCAGAAACCUAACUGCACUCUUUAGUGUCUAUGUACUUGAGCUGGGGGAAGUGAAAAUGUUCUGCUUCACAAUGAUGGCUGUUAAAAUAUCUGCCACUAAGCUCAGACUCCACAAAGCACCUCUGAUGACUCUGCAAGCGUACAUUUCAUGUCUGGAAUUAUUUUAAGUGGUUGCAACGAUUGAGGAAUUAAAAGAAAGUAUAAUGCUAUAAUUCAUCAACUGGCAUCCUUUAAAAAAAGGCUGUUUUUAGGAUUUGUCUUGAGCAGGUUACCGGUCUUUGUGCCUAUUAACUGGUGCACAUAUGGUAACAAAACAAAUCUUGCUUCACAUUAUGAACUGAAAUGCCUGCAGUCCCCUGACAAUUCCAGAAGAUCCUUCUCAUCAGCCAAAUAUACCCCACUGCACUGCCUCUACACUUGAAAUAGCCAGCAAAGUGAGAAGAAUCCUGUUUUGUUUAGUUUAGUUUAGUUUAGUUUGUUUUGUUCCUGCUUGAUGUUAUAGGACAGCCAGAAUCUUCUGAACAAUAUGGGGAACUGCAGAACAGUAUGAUGCAACUUCAUCAGGGAGAAACUGUUGAUUGCCACACCAAGAACUGCAUGGUUUUUCCCCCCCUCUGGCACAAGGCUGAUUGCUGUUACAAAAGCCUGCUAAAAUAUUAUACACAGUGAUGCGCUCAUUUCAACUUCAUAUGCUCAGUUCUUUAAUCCAAACUACAUUUAAUCCAAAAAUGCCACCAGUUAUGAAUUAUUCAAGUGCUAUGAAUUUCAUUUGCUUUGUUACAAGAAAAUCUGGAAAGCAAACUGUAAGUCAUUACUUCAACCUGAAGAUUUCUAAAGAGGAAGAUAACCCAGUUUGAUUAACAACUUCAGAUUAUGUUUGAAUCAAAUUUCCUGUGGUCAUAGUGUCGUGAUUUAGUACUAAACCAGAAUUUUGGAGAAAAGCUUCCUGAUCUCACAAUUUACAUGUUAAUUCAGCCUCUGCCAUUUACAGUAGCCCCACCAGUUGUUUAAUUGAAGGUAUACAAUUGCUGAAUGCAACCCAUUCCUCAGACAAUACUGGAGGCAUAUCAGACAAAAUUAUUUACUGAUGUUGUUAGAAGUAAGAUUUCUGUGGUCCUCAUAAUAUCAUCUAAAGAGUCGAAAGCAUAAUAUUGCUGUAAUAAUUAUGGCUGCAAAGUGCAAACAUGUGGUGCUUGGACCGAUUGUGGAAAAAAAAAAUACUUGACAAAUCUGGAAGUAGAACCAAGGGUGCACUUGCUUGCUUUUCAGUAAACUUUGCUCUUGAGACUAGGAAAUUCUUAAAUCUCUCAAAAGCUAACUUCAUUCAAAUUCCUUUGUGUACAUAUAACUCUCUCCCCCAAGUGAAUCCUCAUUUUCAAGUAAGCAGCUAAAAAGACUUCCAAGUCUACAUUUUUUUUCCAGAUUGCUUAUAUGCACAACAAUUGCACUGGUGCUAAGGAUAGUAGUUCUGCUUCAUUGGCUUUGUAUAGAUUUCUACAGAAGUAAACUGGGAGAUUAUAAAGACAUAACUAACUACAUCACUAUUAUAAAUCUAACUAACUCUGAUGUAUGGUAAAGAUAGCACCAUUAUUCCUUGGGUAUACUACCAGUGAUAAUCAAUUGUACUGGUUGUGACUAGUCUCUCAGAAUCUCCCUGGUCUCUUCUGAGCAGAAACUACAAAAUUGUGCCAAAUUGUGUGAUUGUUUUGUGUUGUGGGCAACUGUCUGUAGUGUGCUUGCUGAAAACUCCCAAAUUCAUUCCACAUUAGUCUGAGUAAAACCUCUUGUCUUCCUUA